CACCGGCAUACAUGAUUGUGUUAGGAAUAUUGCAUUUAAGCUCAGCUUGGUUCGAUAAGACAUCUCAGUUUGAUAUUUACGAGAAAUCGCAUGAAAUUUGUGCAAAAUACUGGUGGAGAAAUCUUGUAUAUAUAAAUAAUUUCUUUGAUGUCAAUGUAAUGUGCAUGAGUUGGAGUUGGUAUUUGGCUAAUGAUAUGCAAUUUUAUAUAGUCGCUAUGACGCUGUUGAUUUUAUCAACUAUGUACUUCCACGCUGUUGUUAAGAUUUUGGGUGGAUUUUUAAUAGGCUCUAUUAUCCUUAGUGGUUAUAUUUCAUAUAUUUAUGAAUACAUUCCGACAUUAGAUGUACUGAAUAGAUUUGCAGAUGUUUUCUACACUCCACCAUGGAUGAGAAUAAUUCCCUAUAUUAUUGGAAUAAUUGUAGGUUAUAUUUUAACAAUAUUAAACAACAAUUUAGUGUUGAAAAAGUAUUUGCAACGUAUUCAUAUUAUUUGUACUUCACAAGCGAACUAUAUCCGUCCUACUUACUGCUACGUAUGUGGCAAUGCACAGAUUACUUUCGGCCAUAUGUAUAGCAUGGAUUGUAAUAGUGUGUUCUAUUAAACA